UUGGGUGCUCAACCAUGGUGAUCCCCAUGUGGAAGAAACUCAUGUGAGACACAGAGGACAAGUCUGAGUCAUCCCUAUCCUGGAUGUUUAGCCAGUGCCCAGCGUCCUGUCCCUCCCCAUGUCCCCCCCGCUCCCCCCCCCGGGAACAGAGUGCCUUUUAAUAUCUGUGGCCUGUUUCCUUAGCAACUGCAUUAAGCAAAUCGAUGGAGGUGGUGUCAUUGGAAUGGGAGGGCAUGCCUCCUUCCCCCCUGGCCCCCCCAUACCCGCCACCCCCCACGCCUCCCUCCACUUGGCCUCUCUCCACUCCUACUCCGCCUGGGCUCUCGGAUGUGGCGCCGCGAGCCAUUGGCCACAGCCCCACACUGACCCCUUGCUCGCCCACAGCUGAUGACUGGUCCCCCUGAGCAGAGGGGUGGCAGCUGGUCCCUGCUCUCCUGGGAACAGAAGCCAGGGUCCCUGGAGAUGCACGGUCCGGCAGCCGCAGCCCUGGGCUGAAGGGCCUCCAGGACUGUGGUGGGGAGGGGGCAGGGGGGUGAGGGAACAUGAGAUGCCCCCACCAUGAACCUUGAAGGCCUUGAGAUGAUUGCAGUGCUGGUGGUCUUGGUCCUCUUCGUCAAGGUGCUGGAGCAAUUUGGUCUCUUCGAGCCCGUGUCCUUGGAAGGCAACCCACCAGGCCAAACUAAAAAAGCGCUGAAGCAGCGAUUCCUCAAACUGCUGCCCUGCUGUCGGCCCAAAUCCAUCCCCUCGCUCAGCGAAAACAGCGUUGAGGAUGAGUUUGAGCUCUCCACCGUCUGCCACCGCCCUGAGGGGCUGGAGCAGCUCCAGGAACAGACCAAGUUCACUCGCAAAGAGCUACAGGUCCUGUACCGAGGCUUCAAGAAUGAGUGCCCGAGCGGCAUUGUCAAUGAAGAAAACUUCAAGCAGAUCUAUUCACAGUUCUUCCCGCAGGGAGACUCCAGCACGUAUGCCACCUUCCUCUUCAAUGCCUUUGACACCGACCACGAUGGCUCCGUCAGCUUCGAGGACUUUGUGUCUGGGCUAUCCAUCAUCCUGCGUGGCACCAUUGACGAUCGCUUGAACUGGGCCUUCAACCUCUACGACCUGAACAAAGAUGGCUGCAUCACCAAAGAGGAAAUGCUAGACAUCAUGAAGUCCAUCUAUGAUAUGAUGGGAAAAUACACCUAUCCGGCCAUGAGGGAGGAAGCACCCCGGGAACACGUGGAAAACUUCUUCCAGAAAAUGGACCGCAAUAAGGACGGCGUGGUGACAAUUGAGGAGUUCCUGGAGUCCUGCCAGAAGGAUGAGAACAUCAUGCGGUCCAUGCAGCUCUUUGACAAUGUGAUUUAGCUCCCGGUCCUGCCUCCAGCCGAGCUCUCCUGCCACUGGGACCAGAACCUGCUUCUCUCUUGACUCUUCCUUUGAGCCUCCUCUCUGCUGGCUGUAGACACCACUGUAGGAAAGGGGCCUCCCUUCCCAGAGACACAGUCAGGGAUGAGAUCUUCCAUUCCACCUGAGCUGGCUCCAUUUUCCUUGGGGGAUCCCAAGCAGGUGUUCCCGGACGUCAGAGCGUGGGCACGGCUGGCGUGGGGCAAGAAUUUGGCCUCGAUGGACCCUCCCUGCACCCACUCCCAGCAGGGAAGCCACAGCCUUGGGCUGUGCUAGAGGCUUCCCCCGUGCACAGCACCCCGUGCAGCCACGGCUCCCCCUCCUCAGUCCCAGGUGUCCCCAGCACCAGCUCCAGCCCAAACCCUCCAGCGAUGCUAUCUAGAAACCAAUAGAGUCUUGCAAUGGGCACCAGUGCCUCGGCUUCCUCCCCUGCCCUGGCCAUGCCCUGCUGCCAGGAGUGUCUAGCAUGUCAGCCAUGAUCCACUGGCUACCCUCCUUGCUCAGCCCCUGGGCUUGGUAGGUGGGCAGAGGGGCCAUGCCUGGAGAAGACAGCUGCAUGGGCACUUGGAGUUCAUCACUGCAUGAGCUGUAGGGAGCAGUUCCUGACCCGGGGGUGCCCAGUCAGACCUAGGAGGCUCAUCCUGACAUGGGGAGAAGGGAGACUAAAGGGACCAUGAGGUGCCUUCUUGUGGUACUGGUCUCCAAGGAUAGAUGAUGCAGGGCUGGAAGCGCUGCAGCUUCAGCCCUUGUCCCUUGAGUUCGGGCUACCAGUGUACAAGGGACCUCGGGAACCCGUUCUGAGGCUCCCACUCCUCCCUGAAGACAUAGCAGCCAGGGUAUGGGGACAUAUGAAGGAGGGAAGUGUGCUGAGCUCUGCCCUUGGGCCUUACAGCCAAACUCCCAGUACUGUUUCCUGCUAACUGUCCCUUGCUCCCAUGCCCCACCCCAUCUAGGGAAGGUGGGGAGUGAGCAGUGGGGCAAAGGGGCAUCCC